GCCUCUCAGACAAAAGGGGCGUGUCAGACACGUGCUAUCGCGAGAUCACCGCCAUCAUCCGCUAAAUAUCGCGAUAUCAUCGUAUGCGGCUUAUUGCAGCCAAGUCCUUCCUGUUCCUUCAGGUCGAUUGGAGAAGAGAACCCUUCCAGGAGAACUGCGUGUUGAUCAUGGGGAACCUCUUUGGGAAUCUGCUGAAGAGCCUGAUAGGGAAGAAGGAGAUGAGGAUCCUCAUGGUGGGGCUGGACGCCGCCGGGAAGACCACCAUCCUGUACAAACUCAAACUGGGGGAGAUCGUCACCACCAUCCCCACCAUCGGGUUCAACGUGGAGACGGUGGAGUACAAGAACAUCAGCUUCACCGUGUGGGACGUGGGCGGGCAGGACAAGAUACGCCCCCUCUGGAGACACUACUUCCAGAACACCCAGGGUCUGAUCUUCGUGGUGGACAGUAACGAUCGUGAGCGGGUGAACGAGGCACGGGAGGAGCUCAUGAGGAUGCUGGCCGAAGAUGAGCUCAGAGACGCCGUGCUCCUCAUCUUCGCCAAUAAGCAGGAUUUGCCGAAUGCCAUGAACGCUGCCGAGAUCACGGACAAGCUGGGUCUGCACUCCCUCCGCCACCGCAACUGGUACAUCCAGGCCACCUGCGCCACCAGCGGGGACGGCCUCUACGAGGGCCUCGAUUGGCUGGCCAAUCAGCUGAAGAACAAGAAGUAAAGGUCUUAACGAGGAGAAGCAGCAGGAGUGGACACUUGAGGUUUUUGGAAGUCCAUGGGGGGGGGGGGGGGGGGGGGGAUAGGGGGGGUUGUGUGUAAUAAGUAUGAGGGUGUGAGAGAGUGGGCACAUUUCUACUUGUUUUCGAAGCUUUGAUUUUUUUGCGGUUCUUAAGGAAACGAAAUAUCAUAUCUGUAUUUAUUUAUAGCCACAUUAACGCAGACACACCCACAGACACUCGCUCCUCCUGAGUGGCGUCUCACAGCUGUGAUGGAGGAGCUGCUCUCUUGCUCUGUGGUCACAGGGUUCAGAAGAGCCCUCAUAGCUUUGUGUCUUCAUCAUUCCUCCAGCGCUCAUGCUCUCAGUAUUUGGUGGGCAGUGGUGAUGCACUUUGAUACCCAGAUGCACGUGUGAGUGGCCGUUAAUUUCUGUGCGCUUAUUAACAAGCUUUUGGCCACUUAACCACGACUCGUGACAGGGAACAGCCCUGGUUGCUCAGUCUGGACUGACGGAACCGCCAUGGGCAGCGUGAGGUCCUGGUUCCUCAGAGCAGCGCGGGAACCUGGUUCCUCAGAGCAGCGCGAGAACCUGGUUCCCUCAGAGCAGUGUGAGAACCUGGUUCCUCAGAGCAGUGCGAGAACCUGGUUCCUCAGAGCAGCGCGAGAACCUGGUUCCUCAGAGCAGCGCGAGAACCUGGUUCCUCAGAGCAGUGUGAGAACCUGGUUCCUCAGAGCAGUGUGAGAACCUGGUUCCUCAGAGCAGUGUGAGAACCUGGUUCCUCAGAGCAGUGUGAGAACCUGGUUCCUCAGAGCAGCAUAAUGUACUCAGAAUAUAAUCUUUCAUCUUGUCAUCUAUUUAAGGUCUUGUGUGAAGAUAUUCGUGCACAUGCAAAAGGUAUAUGAUCGCAAAGAGAUACCACACGCAAUCUCACACGCACACGCACACUCAUACCAGCAAUAUGUCCACACGCGCAAUCUCACAAGUACACUCAUACCAGCAAUAUGUCCACACACAAACUCACACGCACACACACACUCAUACCAGCAAUAUGUCCACACACGCGUCAUGUGUCAUUAAGUAUGCGUGGAAUCACGUGGUCAGCUUAGGUUCAUUAUCUGGCGAGAAUAAUUAAUCCCUCUUGACAGUUUAUUGUAUCUCUGAAUGUUGAUAUAUUUGAUUAGUAUAUAAAUGGCUGUUAACUUUACUUUGCCAUAGAUAUGGUUGGUUGUUACAGGUGUGCCUGGUACGUAGAGCCAGCAGAAGACAUAGCAGGGGGCAUUGCAGUGUUAAUACCAGAUCUCACCACUUCACCACCGGACGCAGAGCCCCACUCAGACACCACAGACCUCCUCAGUGGAGAGAUGUAUCGGUGUCCUGGUAGAUGGUAGUGUUACUGUAUAUAUAUCAACUUGUUACUGUAAGCCUACUGUAUACAGCUCAAUCAAUUCAACCGCUACUGGGUUUUGUUGACCUUCAGACUGUUUUCAGUGGCUAAACCAGAUGUCGUUCCUUGGAUCUUGUUUCGGAAAAAUCUGUUUAUUUAUAUUUGAUUGUAGAAGCGUUGUUUUAUUAACAUAUGUUAACAUAAUGGAGGUGGAUGUGUAUUAAACAAUUCUCCUAUCAUCUCUCGGUUCCUUCUGCUCCUAAAGGCCCACUAGUAGGUUUGGUGGUGGAGGUGGUGGGGAAGACACUGGAUGCAUGUUCAAAUAUGUAUGUGAUGUAACAGAAUCCUGCUGUACUGAGAAAUAAACCUCUUUUCUUUAA